CCCAAAAAGAUGAAUUGAUUAAAAGCAACAACAAAAUUGCAGAACAGUUUUUCCAUAUUUUCCUGCGAAUUUUUCACUUAAAACUCUCAAAAGUGCUUGCAGGACGUGCAUUAACAGAAAUAAAAAAAAAACCGAACGAAUGUCUGCCUAAGUCGAGGGAAUUCAUCGAUCAUGUCGUCGUCGUCCGAGCUGAAGAAUCCAUCUGCGAAAUAUUUGCACCACCCGACGCCAAAUGGUGCCAAGACAAUUUUAAUUACGAACAAUUACACGCAAAAUGGCGGCGUUUCGACGACAUCGGGUUCGGGGAGCGGCAAAAACGGAUCUGCCACGAACAGUAUUACAAUUUUGACGACAGCUGCGGAUCGUGCGGACCCCGAAGCCAACACUGUGGUGCUAGAUCGCAUCAAUAUUUGCAUCAAUAAUCACUACGACAGUUCGGGAUCGCAGCCCGUCGUGAAUAUUAAAGCGGAAAAAAUUUCCGAAGACCCUUCGUCGUACGGGAUGAUGCCACCCGCUGCUGCAACAUCGAAAUUUAAGCAAGGCGAAGACGUUCUCGUGCAACAAAAGGACGGCAGAUUCUACUUGGGCACCGUUGUGCUGGCGACAGCGAAUCAGUGUUUGGUGCAAUUUGACGAUAACACGCAAAAAUGGGCGUCGCACAGUGACUUGAAGCGAUUUGGCACGAGCAAAGUGGAUGAUGACGGGCCCUUGUGUGUCGUGUGCAAGAAAAAGGAGGAGAAAAAAGACGUCGAGGUGUGCGAAAAGUGCGGCAGAGGGUACCAUCGGGACUGUACUCAGGGAAAUUUCGGCGCCAACGGGGUCUGGUACUGCAGAAGAUGUUCCUGCCAAAAUGGCAUCAAAAAUAAUCAAAAUAACGAAACUUGGGGCGCAGUAAAGACUUGCAAAAGUCAAUUAUCGUAUGAUCUCGAUUCUCUGCGAUGGGAUCCAUAUCAUCGUAAAAACAUGGAAAAUAUUUAUUGCUAUUGCGGCACGAGCGGCAAUUGGGUCGAACAAAUGUUGCAAUGUAGUCGAUGUCAGCAAUGGUUUCACGACAAAUGUCUACAAAAUUCAUCUUAUCCGCUUUUUUCGGGCGAUCGCUUUUAUAUAUUCGUGUGUUCAAUGUGUAAUCAUGGGAAAGAAUUCCUGCGACGACUCGAAAUGAAUUGGACCGAUUUGAUCCAUUUGUUGUUGUUUAACUUGACUUUUUACAAUCGGCCGAACAAAUAUUUUGACCUUCAGACGGUUUUGACGCCGUAUUUCAUGGAAUUACAUCGAAUUUUGCAGUUGCCGGAUUAUAUGAAUGGUUUGGCAGCAACAGCGAUCCAGCAAAAAUUUCUCAUUGUGCUGCAAUCGAACGAAAAUCGGUUCCGGCAAUCGUCGAUCGACGCCAAGGCAUGGGGAUUGUGUCAAAAUAAGCCGCCAGAUGCACCUUUUGUCAUCUUGCCGAACGACAAAAAGGCGAUUUCCGAGUCUUAUAUUUCCGCAAUUUGGGCCGACACGAAAUUGCCGCUGGGAUUUGUGGUGCGUGGCAUGGAAAAAUCGAGUUGCAGCAAGUCAGAGUGGUACAAGAGGAUACAGGGAAAGCAAUUUGUUGCAUCACUCGCUUCUAGUCGCUGUUUCAACGAGUUCCCUGAUGGCAGAUUCAAGGAUCACUUUGACGAAGACGACGAGAUUCCGGUGAAAUUUAUCAUCGAAAAAGAUAAAAUCGGCAAUUUUUCCGGUUGUAAAACUGUCGAGACACCAACGACAUCGAGCACGCCGCACGGAAGUCGUGCCAGCAGUGAAACGACAAAAAUCGCCACAGAUUCCAAUGAAAAUUCACGCGAUGCGUUCGACGAUACGAGUCGCGAUUCGUUAAUUGUGCCGCCAAAACCGCCACAAAAUACGCAAAAACGUCGAUUGCGUAAACGAUCUGCACCGAAUUUGACGGGGCCGCCAUUGAAGAAGCUCAAAACGGAGGAAAAAGCUCCGUCGCCCGAGGAUUCGAGCAACGAUGAUGACACGUCGAGUCGAAGCACGUUAGAUUUGAUUUUCCCGCCGCCAAAAGACUUUCAGGGAUCGAAUAAUCCCUUUAAUCCGGUUUAUGUUCCGCAACCGCCGAGUGUUUUGCCGCUCAGUAAGCACCGUGACACAGACAAAGAUUCGUUGGAAAACAAAAAAGGCUCCGGAAAACUGCGAAAAAUUAAGGGAGCAUCGAAGCCGCCACCGGAAAACAGCAAAAUACGAAUAGUCCGUACUAUUAGGAGACGUUUGAGUGCAAAAGAUAUCAUCAUUGGGCCGAAUCAGGAAGUCAAGUACAAGAAAAAGUCAAAACAUCGCAAUGAAGAUGUUGAAAUUAUCAGCACAACGACCAUCGGUUCAAAUGUCACAACGACAUUUUUGCCCACGAGAACUGAAUUCAAAGACUGGAAUGCAACGCCCAACACAAAACUCGCGCUGUUCAACUCUUCCGCGACAUCGUCAGCGACGCAACCAAGUACCUUGAAGCGCUCCGGUUCGUUCAAAGACAAAGAUCGUCACAGCACGGGUUCUUCUUCCGGAUAUAGUUCCAUUGCCGGUAGCAGUCAUACCGGUUACUCGAGUCUCCCGAACUCGCCAAAUGCCAAGGAAAAAGCGUCCCUCAUCGACACGUAUUUCGAGAACUCGCAUCGCCUCAAAAACGGAGAGAAAUUUGUGGUGCGAGGACGUCGCACGAAACCCGAUGGCUCGAAGCAGUAUUUGAUUGAAUGGAGCGGAAAGAACAAGUUGCAGUUAUUCUAGUUUCAUUCAUUUUUCCCUUUUUUCUCUCUUUUUCUCUCUAUUACAGGUUUGUUCACAAUUUUGUGAACUUUUUUUUUAAUAAUUUAAUUUUUACGUUAUUUUUUAUUUUUAUUCUUUAAUUUUUACUUAAACAGGUUAUUUAUUUUAUUUUUUAAAUAUAUUUUUUUUCUUUUUCUGUCACUUUUUUACUCCAACUCAGGGGCGUAGCAAGGCGAAAAAUUUUGGGGGGGGCAAACAGAACAAAUAAAAUUU